GGCAUGCAUAUAGCAAAAUGUGUAAUACCUUUAUUGUGAAGAUGAUUGUUUCUCUUUCAUGUCCAUGUCGCGUACCUCACUCCGGUCCUGGUGAAGAAAUCCCACAACCUUCAAUGGCAAGCGGCAGGCACGCAAGGCUGAGGCGCCCCUCACGGCCUUAAAUUGAUCCAUGCCGACAACGACAACCACAGAUAUUUCGAUACUUCCUCUCCUACAUCGGAUUCCUUAAAAUCUUUCUACAACUUUCUUCCAUCUCCAUUGACCUGCGCUUUACAUGGCUUGACUCGUAUUCGAUAGCCCCAUGGGUUGAUGCGUCACGGGCCAUAACACUUUUGCCGCAGGACCUGGGAUCCAGCCCCGGCGCAGUGCCGAUCGUCAAGAUGACGAUCGAAGAGAAGAAGAAAAUCUUCGUGGCCUCAACGUACGAGUUUACACAAUUGGGAUCCGAUGAGGUUAUCCGCAACCUUAUGCAAUCCUCCUUGGAUCCGAAAAGCGCGCCGUUCGUUACGUUUGGAGCAGAUACACAAACCUUCUCUACAGAGGUCGAUCCAGGCGAUGAUAGAACUCUCUUGACAAUCCUACACCAAGUGUCCAAUUACGUGACAGCUUAUGAGUCUCGGGGCUUGGCAUUCGACGAAGAGGAACGUGUGAAACCGCUGGAAGGUACUGUUACUGACGACUACAUCCGGGACACCAGGUCGCAGGAUGGCCCGCUGGGGGAUUGGCUGCCAGACGUCGAUUCAGAUGGUCAAGACGCCUUGGAGAGCCUGCAGCACCUUACGGCUUUUUGGACACCACGCAACGGAGAUAUAAAAAUCCUACCUCAUCUGUAUGCGCAGCAGAUCACGAAUCUGACCGGGACCUCUAUCUAUUUCGAAGAGGCGGAACAGCGGUGUAGGCUGUUUCACGGCCAGUUUAGUAUAGCUCUUGAGAAGCUGCAAAGACUUGAGCCGCUGCUAGAAAUCAUCAAACACCAGCAGGCGAAGCAACCACUCAGGGCUGCGGCAGAUCUCCUCAUCUGGAAUCCGACUCAAAGAGAGGCUCGAAUUGAGUAUGUGCACAUACAACCCGGUCACCCCUCAUACCACCGAAUCAUAGUAAACAAAGGCGAACGAGACCUGACCAGGAUGGUGAUUGGGGAAUUGCGGACACAUAAUUUGGAACAUGGCGUGAUGGAAAAGCCAGAGAAGUUUUCUCUCGGCCAAGCCAGAAAUGACACCAAGCUCCAGGCCUCAAGUUUAUGGAAUGACUUUGUCUUCGAAAGCUUUGGUAAUCCGAGGAAUCUCGAGCCUGUUAUUCCUUCAAAAGCCGGCUCAAAAUUAGGGAGCGAUCAGAAAAAGUUGAAGCGAGAUUCGAAGGACGCAAGAAUUGAGAUGUGGAGCAACAAAAUUGUCUGCGGUGCAGAUCCUGAGGUUGCUCCUGAAGCCCCGAUCGAGUCUUCACAACCAACGGGCCGCCGGAGACUUCUUGUGGCGGAUUCGGAUGAUGAGGAAGAUGAAACAUCCAGGGUGAAACCGACGACCAUCGCACAGGCCAGCAAGAAGGAUAGUCCGCCUAAAACAGAAUCCCCGACGGAGCCUACACAACCAGUAGGUCGACGAAGACUUCUCCUGGUGGACUCAGAUGAUGAGGAAGACGAGAUGCUCUCAGCGAAACCGUCAAGUAUCGCACAGACCGUCAAAAAAGACAGUCUGCCUAGAACAGAAUCUCCGACCAAGCCUAUACAACCAACAGGUCGCCGAAGAGUUCUUGUGGCGGACUCGGAUGAUGAAGAAGACGAAUCGUCUCCAGCGAAACCGUCGACCAUUGCACAUGCAGAGAAGAAUGCAGACAAACACCUGCUGGAGGAUACAGAGAGCUUUAUCAGAAAGAGCAGCCCAAGAUCUGUGUCCAAUAAAUCUCCAUAUCUAUCUGCAACAUCGACGCCAGUGCAUAGUCAGGACUGCCAAACUCAAUCUGUUCUCCGCCCACGUUCAAGUAGGGACCCCGAGAUACUUGAGGUGGAAGCUAUAGAGCAAGCCGCUAUUGUUGAUGAGCCACACCCCGUUGCAUCAUGGACGCUACCUAGUUCUAAUGCUCUCCCUCGACCAUGUGGAUCUAAGUCCAGCGUAUCGUCACCAUCUAUCCAUGUUGUCCCAGAAGAUGGUGCAGAUACCACAUUACAACGAUCCAGGACACCAGAUCAUAGCAGACCUACACCCUUUAGACCGCCUCUAACGCCUGAGAUGCCUGAUAUCUCGACCACCCCGAGACCAAAAUUCGAUAGCAAUGCUUAUAGACGACCUACUACACUUUCCCAUGGACAACGAGGCUUCAAUAUUGAUGCUACCGUUCGUGGUGGGAUACGGGGCAAUUCGUCUCGUGGUAGGGGUCGCAGUCGGAGCAGUCGGAGCGGAAUGUGGAGCGACAACGACAGUCACAACCCUGAAGCCAGAACAUUGCCACUCGAAGCAAGUCAUCGGCGCGGACGCGGUAAUUACGCUGGCAUUGUCGGGGCCCAAAUUCAUACUGCGUCCAGAGCUGGUCAGGAUCGUCCAAGAGGCAGGGGUCGUGGCCGGGGUCAGGGACACCUGGUUGAACUCGCUUCAGGCCCUUCGGCCCGGGGUUACCAUCGUGUCCCUCCCGGCUUUGAGUCUUUUGUGCCACUGGAGCGACCAGCUUCAUAUUGGGAUCAAGUCGGGAUACGAAAUAUCAUGGAUGACCCAUUGGAGCCUACUGCCACACACAUGCCCACUGAGAAACUCAUUGAUCUAAGUGAAACUCAAUCUUUCAGCAGCCGUGUUUCCACAAGGACAGGAAUUCGUUUCAGUGAAGAGGGUUCUGAGUACAGAGUGGCUUCGAUUCCGCUGCCUGACCAAACCAGACUGAAGCAGAACAGCAUCGCACUUGCUUUAGCAGCCAUUGAAGCCAGCCAGAAGCAGAAAGAGCACUCAAACAGGCAAGAGGUUGCGAACAAAAAAGAAGCCGACGACAGGGUACCUCCAACACACUCUACGAUGCGCCAGCAAGGCAAAAAUCCUGGCAAAACGUCAACUCAACAGGAGACUAAGGCCGAAAGACAGGCACGACUCGCGAAAGCGAUGCGGGAAGCAUAUGGCUCUCAGCCUAUUAGCCAGUUGCCGAAGCCAUCGCCGACGGAGCAGUCAGAUGAGAUGAGCAAAUGGAAACGCCGGCGGAUUGCGGGAGAAAAGAAUUCUGUUGUGGCUCAGGCACAUCCCGAAAUUCUCAAUGCAAAAGCGAAAGAAGAGCAAUGCAGUAAGCUCAUUAAGUUGCUACAAUCUUCGUUUGAAGCUGCUAGAGCUUUCAAUGGCCGGCUGAACUUUGAUAUUGGCUUUGGUCAAGUCAUUGCGUCGUCCGGGCCCCAUAUCCAAGAUCAAAAACUAUACGACAUCUCUGGCUGGAACUCACUCUUCGACCCGCCAAAUGGCGUCCAUCUGUCAUCAGCAACCUUUACCAAAAUUCUAACCACAAACGGCGAAGACGUUGACGGGGUUCUUCGCUUUAGGAACCCGAAUAAGGGUGACAGUAACAGACUCUGGAGCCAAGAUCCAGGGCCUACUACUGUCACAUAUGAAUUUUCCUGCCAGAAUAGGUUCAACGAAGACUUUCUGAUCGUAGUCGACCAGGGCGGCAACUAUGAACUCAGAAAGGGCCAAAUCACUGUCGGGACUGUCAACAUGCAUGUUCCCGAAUCAAUCUGGGACUGUGCAGCAACCCUCUCUGGUCAUCUGAUUUGGCCCGAUCCACCUGAAACGCUCACUAACAGUGUCGACUCUUUCGUUCAGUCUCUGUACGUUCUCCCCAGCAAACAGAAGCUGAUCAUUGUCUUUCGCCAGCCGACAGACCACGAGAUCAAAAUCAAAAAUUUAAUCGUCCGUCGCGUCAGCUAUCAUGACUGCAAUUUACGUGACUGUCAGGAUGUUCAGCUUAAAGUUGUUGAGUCUAAGAGCCUCCUCUUCAAGUGCCAUCCAGAAGACAGAAACCUGUGGCAAGGUUAUGAGGCAGCACAAGAUGAAUACGAGACCAUCGCGAAGGAAGGCCGCAUCCAUUACGAGCUCUCGAUCGUCCAUAAACAGGUCACAGCUGCCCUCAAGGGCAAUGAGGAUCUCGAGAUUGGUGAAUUCACACCCUCAGAAAGCACAGGCAAAAGUAUCCUUGAAAAGUCUGUGAUCCGUGCCAUGCUGGACGUUGCAACACACAUGGUUAGCAAGAUGGAUUUCGUCGGUACGCGCAAUGUUGGGACGCUGAUGCAGCUGGACAUCCAAGACGCGAAGCAGAAGCAAGACAUUGUGGCGACGAUACCUCCCACACGCCUAAGUAACGUCGGCUUGGGACACCGCAGCGCCCAGUCGACGAAAACGGCACUUGCGCCUAUGACACUGCGAGGAAACGCACAUAGCGGGAGAGGUUCUGGGUGGGGCUCUGCAAUGCCAGCGGCGCACCUUGGACCUGGCGGACGAAGCUGGGAGGAGCCGGUGCAUGGCAUCCGGAUAAACGAAGUCGCACAGGUGUUUCUCAGACCCGACGGCUCAAAGUAUCGUCUCGGCAUGGGCGGUGCAGAAGUCCCAGUCGUCGAGGACGGCGAGGAGGACAUCGGAACCUCGACCGUCUUCCCGGACGACAGCGCCAGUCAUGUCGGUCCUCUUCGCCCUAUGGGUGGAGGCCCAUCCUCUGGAUCGAGUCUGGUGGUUAGCAGGGAGAAAGGUUUUUGGUAAGAGAGACGGGAGUUGUACUUUUCUCUGUACAUGACCUGUUUUCUUAACCUUCCUGGACUGGCGUUGAGGCCUCACUGCAUGACAUACACACAGGGGUAGAUGGGUGGUGAUGAAGCACGAGGUUUCUUCUAGGAUUGGCUUGGCCGACUACUUAGGGACCGAAAAUCUCCAGUCUCGAGCUGUGGGUUAUUCGCCUGGCACUUCAGUCAUCAUGAGAAAGCGGCGAGUGUAUGAGAGGAUCUGGAAUGCGUUGGCCUUUCUAGAACAGUGGCUCUUGAAAGUGAAAAUGCUCAGACUAUGAAUUCAUUGGAUAGAAAUGAUUGCUAGGACACUUCUUAGGCACGACGGUGA